UCUAACAUACAGGCCAGGCACACAGGGCAGGGGCUGCCUUACUUACUCUCUGGGGACUGAGAGAAGAGAUAGAGUGACUGUUUGGAAGUACAGAGAGAGAGAGAGAGAGAGAGAGAGGAGAGUCAGUGAGAGAGAAAGAGAGAGAGAGAGUGAGAGAGACAGAGAACAUUCCUUCCGCUGUACCUGGACAGUGGGAGGAGCAAGGUUUGUUUGGAAAGUAAGACGAGGCGGGGUGAGAGAGAGAGAGAGAGAGAGGAGGAAGAGAGAGGGAAGAGGGAGGGAGGGAGAGAAGCAGAAAUCACAAGACUCUCAGAUGUUUGGUUGCGGCCGCUUGUCAGACGUGGUGAAGAAGUCCAGGAGGGCAGCGUACCGGAGGCAGAGAGCGUUAGAGUCCCGUCAGUGCCGCACCCCCCCCCUUAUCAGUCCCGGCAGCUCAGCGGCUUCUCCUACGCACCGCCACUCGCCUCCGCCGAGCGCCAGCUCAGCACUUUCCCUUCUUCCCUUUCUCGUUUCUGAAGAAGAACCCGAGGAACCCGGACCCCAGGACUCACCCGAGCGGGAAGGAGCGGUUUCAGAAGGGGACGGUUUUCCACUCCAGGGCGGCUCCAGUGCCAUGUUCCCUGUGAUCCGGGCGUGAAACCCCUGAGCUGCAGAUGGAGCUGAAGGUGUGGGUGGACGGAGUGGUGCGGGUGGUGUGCGGCCUGUCUGAGGAGACUUCCUGCCAGGAUGUGGUCAUCGCCCUGGCGCAGGCUAUUGGUCAGACGGGCCGCUAUGUUCUGAUCCAGAGACUGAGGGACACGGAGAAGCAGCUGCUGGCCAAUGAGAGGCCGCUGGAGUCGCUGGCCAAGCUGGGCCAGCUGGGGAACGAGGUGCAGUUCUUCCUGCGGAGGACGGGUCCCAGCAGCAGCGACGGGCCAGCGCAGAGCCGGGGGCCCCCCCUCCCCAAACUGUCCGAGCCCGAGCCCCCGAAACGCCGGGAGCCCAAGAAGUCCCUCACCUUCAACCUGGGGCCCACCAGCUCCCCCCAGACCAAACUCAAGCACUUUAGAAAGCCGCACAGGGACUCCCCCGAGCCCAGGGCCUCCCCCCCUCCCCCGGCCGCUGCCGCCGCGGCCGCCGGGCCGUCUAAGGAGGAGGUGUUCCGGAAGGUUCUGGUGCAGCAGGAGCGUCUGCAGGCCCUGGAGGCGCAGCUGGAGGGCCUGGAGCAGGAGGUGCAGGUGUGGGAGCAGCCCCCGGCGCUGGACCCGCGGCACAGGGAGGAGCUGGAGCUCCUGCAGGAGGAGGCGCGGCGGAACGAGGCGGAGCUGGCCCUGGAGGAGGUGCUGGAGCGGGAGCUGCAGGCGGAGGUGGAGGCGGAGCGCCGUCUGCGCGGUCGCCUAGGCGACCUGCACGCCAAGAUGGACGACUGCAGCCGGCGACUGCGCGACAUCCACAGCCGCUCUGCGCAGCUGGAGCGCGACAUUCAGCAGGAGGCGCGCGCCUCCUCCCGGCCCCGCACCCCCACCCCCGACCAGCAGCUGGGCACCGUCAGGGUGGAGCUACAGGCCCAGCAGCACCAGGGGGCAGAGCUGGAGGCAUCCAUCACAGAGAUGGAGAAAGCGCUGGGGGAAGCAGAGGCUGUGCUGCAGGUGAAGAAUGAGGAGCUGGAUGAGCUGAACAAGGAGCUGAGGCAGUGCAACCUGCAGCAGUUCAUCCAGCAGACGGGCGCCCUGCCCAGCCAAUCACAGGCUCGCACAGACCAGCCUGAGCAGCUGGAGCAGCCGGAGCAGCUGGACGGAUAUAGCAAUGGAGGCUCCCUUUCGUACCCCUCCGAGUCGCCACCCCGCCCCACGGCCAAGCAGUUCAUGGGAAACCCCCGAAAUCUGCAGAACCCCCUGAUCUCCAGCCUGAACCCUGAGGUCCUGACAUCCAGGGAGGCGUCUUGGAGAUAAAACAGGAAUCGCAAGUCCAAGGAUGUGUUCACUGUUCACUCAUUAUUUCACACAUAUUUUAACCCCAUAUUGUUAUUAUAUGUAUAUAUAGCAAAGUAUGUAUUUACUGUAAAAUAUGAAACUUAAUGUGAAUUAUUUUGUGUAUAUAUAUACAUAUAUAUAUUAAAGGAUGUCUCUUUGUGAAA